CUGAUGUAGAGGUGAACAUUGCUAUUAAUAUCUCGGAUUGUGACCCGGCGGUUUCAAACUUCACAGUCAAGGUGGACCUGCAAGGAGACAAACGGGGGGACAUAAAAGACUUUUGGUUUGACUACAGUAUCUACCCUUUCCGUAACAAGACACGGUUUACAGUACAGAAUCCUGUCAGCAUCUUGGCCUGCACGGCUAACACCACUGUAAAUCUGACUCACAAUGCAAGCAAUAUCACACUUCACAACGGCACCAUUGUUGUCAAAGCUGGCAUUAACUUUAAAGGGAGCAUAUACUUCAGCACUACACUGGGAGUAGUCAAUUUAGUCUGCCACAAUGCUAAGAAUAUUAGUAAGAAAGACAACAAUGAUACUAAAAAUGGAACCAACAAUUAUACUAAAAAUGGAAUCUGGAAAAUACCCACAGCAAUCACGGUCCCAAUAGGUGCAGGACUGGUCAUUAGCGUUGUCUAUCUCUUAUAUAAGAGGAGAGUAGACAAGCGUAAGCUGCGGGAAGCGAUGAAACUGCAGACGUCACUCCGGUCCGACUACGAUAUGCCUUUUGACUUGGAAGGCUAUGAUGAAGAUCCUACCUGGGAGCUGGUGGCGGACAGCAUCGAGCUGGUGGAGGAGAUAGGAGAGGGCGCCUUUGGCAAGGUCUUCAAGGGAAUUCUCUCCACUGUGGAGGACGGCGACCUAACUGUGGCAGUGAAGACACUGACACAGUGUGAGAACGUAGCGGAGAGGAACGCGUUCCUGAUGGAAGCCUCCAUAAUGAAGAAAUUUGACUCGCCCUACGUGAUGAAGCUGAUGGGCCUGGUAACGACUACUGCCAAGCCACUAGUAGUGAUGGAGUACAUGGAAGUGGGCGACCUCCGUGCCUAUCUGAUCAUGUGCAGACCAGAGGAGCAGCAGUUCUUCAACAGGGCAGCCUCCUCCGCGCAUGACGUGCCGUCCGUGGAACUGUUUGCAACGUGGGCUACGCAACUAGCAAGAGGGAUGGUUCACCUCAAUGAGAAGCACUUUGUGCAUCGGGACCUAGCUGCUCGCAACUGCAUGUUGGCAUCCGACUUAAGCCUAAAGAUCGGAGAUUUUGGCUUGACACGGGACAUCUACGAAUCGGACUACUACCGCAAACUUGGACGAGGUGCCCUGCCUGUGCGCUGGAUGGGACCGGAGAGUCUUCGUGAUGGUGUGUAUGUCACAGCUUCAGACGUUUGGUCGUACGGUAUUGUUCUGUGGGAGAUGGCCACGCUCGGGGAUCAGCCGUACCAGGGAAAGAGUCACGAAGAGGUGAUAACGUUCGUGAAAAAUGGCGGCCACAUGGAUGCGCCCAUCGUGUUGCAUCCCUACCCAGACAGCCUGUAUGAAGUCAUGCAGAAGUGCUGGGCGUUUGUUCCCGCCGACAGGCCUGGGUUUGAAGUGAUACUGGAGAUGCUGGAAGACAAGAGUAACGAAGCGCAACAACGCCCGGUUUCAGUUGAAGUGUGAACUCCAUACUGAUAGCUCCUUUCACCGAAAAUGUCAGAAGUAUCCCUGUGAAAAUGCAGCAAAUAUCUCGUUUCAUUGCUGCUUGAGAGCAGAAUUUCAACUGUCAUUUAAGAUUUUCCCACUUUUAUAUUUCCCUUGAGGACAAAGCAUCUAUGCCUGCUGACUUGUGUGUUUGGCACACAACGUUGUGGGCUACCAUUGCCCGGUCCCUGCGAAUGCACACAAUAACAUUAUUUAUUAAA